AGGCUUUUCUCCCUCCCUUUUUCACUCAAGGUUCAUAUGGUUUGCAAAUGAAGAAAUUGAUUUGACGCCAGAGUGAAUUGCGGCACCCCCGCAUACUUUAGUUACUUUCUUAGUGUUGUGUGGCAGCGUCGGCAGGUGGUGUUUUUGUAGGAGUUGUCAAGAGCUCAGCCUCUGUACGUGAGUUUCUUGCUUCGGUGAAGUAGAAACUUUGUGUUUCCGGCUGAUCUACUAAAACCCGGCGGCGUGGUGGACCACAAUAGUCGUGCGCCUUCCGCAAAUAAGAGGUAAUCAAGCUUAUUUCCGCGUCCGGUUAUAAGUGGUUCGGGAAUUUCAGCAGACGCAGCUGCACUUCCGCGCCGUCUAGAAAAUAACGCAAUCCUGCCGCUUUUGAAGAACGCGAGAUCUGGCGCUGGUUUCUUUACCUAACUGCUCGCGUAGAAAGCAAGGGGCGAUGUUUGGGCGGCGCGACGCGGGGACCCCCGCGGACCGGCCGCAGCUUCGGCAGAACGUAAAAGGCGCGGUGCUAAAGGUGGACGCGUUUUUGCAGCAGCAACGGCGCGAGAGCGUGGAGCAGCUGGAGCCGCAGCUGCAGCAGGUGGCGGAGGACCUGCAGGCGCAGAUCAACGAACUGUGGGCCGUGCACGAGCAGGAGAGCCGCAACCUGCGGAAGAAAUCCGUGCUGACGGACCUGGAAAAAACCAAAGACCUGGAGUUUUGCCAGAACCUGCUGCGCCAGAAGCUCGCGGAACAAACGACUAUCUUCACUGCGCAGCAGGGCAGCAGCAGCGUCGGCGUCAACAAGAUUGCAGCGGCCGGGUCCUCGCAUUUGCAGGACUUCACCUUCGAGUUCGAUAUCGACGUGGAGCUCCCGUUAACGGCUAGUGGAAACAGUGGCUAUGCACCGAAAAAAAAACCUGCGACUUCGUCAAAUCUUCCCGGAUUUAUUGUUUCGCGGCCCCCGGAGUGCACGAGAAGUACUUAAGGGCCCUAGACUAGUAGGGCUGCAUGAUUUGCAUGCUUCGUUGAUCACCAAGGGACAAGAUCAGCGACACCGUGCAGUGGAUGAUCCUCUCCACUUGGGUAGCUGUUUUUGCGAUCAUGAUGAAUGCGACUUAUUUAUCAACCAUUACUCAAGCUUAGUCUUUGCGUGCUGUGUGACAAAUUUGAUACCUAUUUUUCAUUUCGAGUUUGUUCUUUGUGUGAAACGAUCGGGUCGGGGAAGAUCUCGAACUCGCGUCGAUGUUUUUCACCUCGAUACCGCCACGGUGCACUUCACCACCGCGAGCGGAAACCAGGCGGCUGCAGCGAAGCGGCGAACGGUGCACGUCCUGCGACAGGCGGAGCAGCUGCAGCAAGACGCCGCGUCGCAGCACCCGCCAGGAGGUCCUCCUGACGCGCGGGACGACCGCAGUAGAGAUAUUAAUUCUGAGGACGGUCCGACUCGUGCGAAUGUGAACAAGCAGCGCGCGAUGCAGCUUUUGGCGGCAGAAGCCGAGAAUCUGGAAAACCUGAUCGAGACCGAACGGGAGGCCGUGCAGCGGACCCACGAGCGAUUAAUGUCGGCCCUGGACGUCCACACGCUGGCGCUGCAGGAAAAGCUGCAGCUCGCACGGGACCUGGUCGAGGAGAAGCGCCGGUACCGCGCGCAGCAGGCGGAACUCGGCCGGGAGCAGGGCGAAGGAGAGGAUCCGCACGCGAUAGCAGCGCAAGAGCAAAGGAAAUCCUCCACCUUUCGGCCCAUCCCGGGCGGAAAAAACUUAUUUCCCGAACAGUCUCUACACGACGCAACCAGGGUGCUGGAGCACAGCGACUUGCUGGAAACGUUCUCCAACGCGCAGGCAUUGGAGCUGCGGGACGAGCUGGCCCGGCUCGAAAAGGAACUCCGGAACAAUUAUUCUGGGAAUUUUUACACAGAAAAUAAAUCCCCGCAAGGGCGGAAGAUGACGAGCUCGGAGCCGGCAAGAAGCAGAGACGCGAAGAUGCUGGCGGUCUUCGCGGAUCGGUUGCUCCGGCUUGCGGAAUACUGCGAAAAUAUGGAAAAUUCGCAGGCUCGCACCACCGAAAUUCACCGCACCAGCGCAGUGAAUAUUAACGCGGAGACCACUACCCCUGGAGUAGGAGUAUAUCCGGGCGCAACUGGUGCGGUCUCGUAUCCCCUGUCUGGGCAAAACCUGAUGGAGGAGGCGGUCAGCACAAGCGAGGCAGAAAUUUUGACGCCGCCGCCUGGUCGGCGCAGCAGUCGUGGUGCGCAUGAAAUAAAUCUUCAACGAAAGAGUACCGCAAGCGGAAUGAAUUCCUCGGAGCUGCUGCGGCCAACAGAGUGGUAUUAUUUCGAGCGAGUGAAAAGCACCCUGGCCGCACCGGUCCGCGGGAUGCUGGACGUACUGCGCUCGUACGGUCCCGGCACUCCUUCUGGUGGAUCAUUAUCUAGUUCCGGCCUGCUCAUCGCAAGUGACCGCGCGGUCAGUAGCAACGCUAGCUCGAGGUCGUCCUCGUCGCCGCUGCAAGACCGUGGCGUCGAACAACUACAGGACCCCGACCACACGACGCCUACAACGGCGCGGAAAAGUAGUAGCACUGAGAAUACUAUCCACUUGUCGCGGAGCUCUGCGACAACCUCCUCCCGCAGCAGCCUCCUCGUGCCGGAGCAGCAACAGCUGGCCGCCCCGGCCGCCACCGGGAUGAGCUCGUUCCGCAUUUUGCGAGGCGAGAGGGUUGUUCCAGGAGCGGACGAAGUGCGCAACAAGCGCUCGAGCGAUCACACCACGAUGCGCGAGUCCUUUUUUCGUUCGGACAACUACGCCCCGCGCGACCAGGAAACCCGGUACUCCGACCGCCUCAGCCGCUACAGCACCUCGCAGCUGCAAAAGCCCGACGUGGACCCGCAGGGCAACUGCGUGGGCGCCGUGCGCGUGGCCGACGGUGGGGCGGACUUCGUGCGGCGCUCGGUCGCGCGGCCCCCGGAACUACGAGCCAAUCCCUUCGGGCGAGACCAGGGGAGCACCCGGGACUCGGAGCUGCGGACCACGGCCUCGGGCUUGCGCAACAUCAACUCCGAUUUUUUUGACAAUCGGGCCAGUAGUUUGAACUCCGACUUCGACUACCUGUACCGGGACAGCUCUGUGUUUCUGCCGGAAACCACCUUCUUCAGACGCUGGUGCCUCCGGGUGUUCUGGCUGUUGAAGUUCGUCGUGUUUUUAGCGGGGCUGGUUUACCUCGCGGAGAAGUUUGAAGUGCGCAACAGGCUAGUGAAAACGACGUCGUUCUUUUACAGGAGCUACAACAGAAACGCUGCAUCAUCAUCACCAGAAAAAACCACUACACUGCACUACACGCUCACCGGGGGACGGGGGGUAACGGCGGAGGAACUGAUUUGGGGGAAGGAGAACGGCGAAGACAGUAGUUCUUUGUUCCCCUACGACGUUAUCCACGAGAAAAGAAAACCUGGCAUACUUUUGACCACAGAUGGGUAUAAUUGGCAUGCGCCGACGUCGUGCAAAAAGAGAAGCGCAACUGGGGAGUUGUGUAUGUUGUGACAUUUUAGCAUGUUCUUCCAUUCGCACCAGCAUGACAUCUUUUUCCCUUCGUCAUGAUUGAUGUCUUUGAUGACGUUGAUUUCAACCUUUUUUCGCAUCACCUCGCUUUCGCAGCGUCUGUUUUUUACAGUUUUAUGCUAAGGCUUUUUUCUCGACGAUACGGAAGUACUUGGGAACGGCCUUGGCGUAUUAUGAUUCUGCGGAGGAAAAUGUCUGUGCCUGGUACGAAAACUCCUAUCUGAAAGGGUUCGCAGACGAUUACCUGUUCGCAGACGACAUAAUCCCGGAAGAGGAGCGAAAGAUGCAAGAAAAUUUGUAUUACUCCAACGAGCUCUACAACGGCCACACCAUCGCCGACGACGAGCUGGUUUGCGGAUUGCUCGGGGACGACGCAGCUUCGGGUGCCAAUACGUUACUAGAGCGACUACUACAUUUUGCAUCUUCCUCGUCGGAAAACAAGCAGCACGAAACUUGCAGUGCAUUCCGCGACGAUAGUACAACCGGCAGGUUGGGGCCCGCGGCGGCGGCCCGGGGAACCAAUUUUCACGGAGGCAGAAAAAGCUCCUCCAGCGCUCGAGCGUCCAAGCUCCCGGCCUAUGGAAGAUUCAUGCGGUUCAUACCCCCGCAUCCGCUGUCUUUCCCUCGGUGGAUCUUCAACAUUUUACCGUAGAAGGAGGGACGGAGAAUCUGCGACAGGUCUGUCCCGGAAGGGAUCAACAGCAGCUGAAUAGAUUUUGAUAAAAGAUU